CGCAUAGGUUGGUGGUUAGUAUGAGUUCGUUUGAAAGGCGGUGAAGUUGUUGACUUCGCAACGAAAUACCUCAUCAUUCUUCUUACACCUUGACAAACAUGCGAAGGGCAUCUAGUGAUGGUUCCUGCUCGGUGGCGUCAUCUCCACGAAUAUUUGCGCACUCAUCGUCAAUGGAUACAGCAGCAUCUUUCACAUACUCUGAUGAAUCUUCGAGCACAUUUGCUCCGACUCUAUUGGAUGAUUCUGCAACAUCAGGCAUUUAUUCGGACCGAUCUCGAGAAAUAUUCGCACACACUUUGGUAGACCUAUCAAAUUACACUUUGGCUAGAGCUGAUCUGUUGGAGAGCGAGGUACGGUGUGAAAUAGCACGCCAACGCAUCACCGAUUAUGAGAUUAGAAAUUUCAUGCAGGUAUACCAAAGUCCGGAAUUUCUUGAUUUUCACUACGAACACUUGCAGCGCAUCGUAGAGAAUGAUGAUUUGAAUGUGAACUCUGAGGCAGAUGUUUUCCGGGCAAUCAUGCGUUGGUAUAAAGAAGACACAAAAGCGCGACAAGAACACUUACCAAAUUUGAUUGGCUGUUUGCGUCUCACACAAUUCGAUGUCGAAUUUUUAUACUCCAAUAUCAACACACUGCCGGGCUGUGAGCUGCUGGUGAAUAGAGCAGUGGAAUGGCUGCUUCGCCCAUCAGCGCGCUCCAAUAUAAUGUUGCGUUUCACAAAACCUCGGAAGGUUCUGCAAGCAGAAGAAGAAACUUAUUGGUAUGCAGUCCAGACACGAGGAGACCGCAGAUUCGCUGAGAAAUGUGUUUUGCGCUACAACAAAGUGGAUGGUGAAUGGCAGAAGUGGGCUGAAAUAAAAUUGGAGCGCAGCAACUUUGGCGUAGUUCAAAUAGAUGAUAGCAUUAUCUGCAUUGGCGGUUUGGGACGUAACAACAGGCCCAGCAAUCUUGUUAGUCGAUACAAUCUGAAUACCCAAACCUGGGAGCAAAUGCCGUCAAUGGAACAGCGUCGAGUUAACUUGAGUGUAACGCUUUUGGAUGGCAAAAUUUAUGCUUUUGGUGGACAGGACGAGAAAUACCAAGCACUCAACUCGGUGGAAAUGUUCGAUACUACAGCUGGUCAUUGGCAAACACUUUCCAGUAUGUCAAUACGGCGUGCGGGUACUGGUGCUGUUGUUUUGGAUGGCAAACUCUACGUAAUUGGUGGUUUCAAUAAAACGCACUUAAGUGUGGUUGAGCGUUAUGAUCCAGCGAAGAAUAUCUGGGCACAAUGCACGGAUAUGAACGAUGCACGUGGCUGGCCUGGAGUAACUGUACAUAAUGGACAAAUCUAUGUAGUCGGCGGUUGGUUUAAUGGUGCACUGAGAUCGGUGGAACGCUACAGUUUGGAGAACAACAAAUGGUUUAAAAUGUCCGGUUUGAAUGUUACGCGUGGCAGUAUUUGUGCGGUGUCUAUGAAUCAGGAGUUGUGGGCAUUCGGUGGCUAUAGUGAAGGGGUACUUAAGGACAAUGUGGAAGUGUACGAUGCGGAAAAUGAUAAAUGGAUUGAAAAACAGAUGCUACCGGAAGCUGGCAAAUAUGCGCAUUAA